AGGAAUUUAUUUGAAGAAUAUUUUAUUUAAAAUUCAGAUGAUACGAGAUUCUCUUAUUUGUUAUAUACGCCAAUGUUUUUCCUUUCAAAGUCGAAGAUUAAUUUAUAACAGUAAAGUUUUAUGUAAAUAUCAAGAACAAAAAUCAACUUCCUCUAGAAAUCCAAGCAAUUUAAACUAUUUUAAUGCCUAUGUCUUAGCAAUGGUUGGCAAUUAUGAUCCUCUUUAUAGGCUUUACUUGGAGCAUGAAUGUGGACAAAAGCCGGCGGGUGAUUGGAAAAAUGCUGAUCCAAAAGCAGGUUUAAAAUAA